AUGUGCGGCUUUUAGCGGCUGCCGACCGCUUGAAGAUGGCACUGCUCUGCAAUGCGUGCCCACCGGCGAUGGCCGACGUCUUUGAAACCUGGCGCGCCGACGAACCUGCAUGGGACUAUGCAUACGUGCGGCGUCAGCUUGUCGAGCACUGGGCCAAGAAUCGUCCCUUGGUCGGAGAUGCCAGUCCGCCAGCAUUGGUCGCCGAUGUCCCACCCGUGGAGGCGCCGCCAGCGGUGGUCGAACGUGCGUCGGAGGCGUCGGCUGCGAACGAGCCGGCAGCCGAUGAGAAUCUGGAUGUACAGAUUCGAGCGUUGGCCCGCGACUUGGCACUGGCAUCACACGAAGCAGACCGUCCAAGCACCGCCGCCGCCGAAGCCACCGCGCGUGACGUUGACACGACGGACGCUGUCAUGGAGCUGGCGAUCGAUGACGACGUCGACGCUGCACCGGCAAGCACAAGCACAAGCUCGACCAAUGGCCGGCGUGAAAAGCGCGGUCCCGAUGCGACUGAUGAAUCACAGGACAGCGCGAGUCAACAAGGACACAAGCGGCCCAAACCCGCAUCGACGCCCAUAGUGCCCCAACAGGCUGUCGGACGGCCGCAAGAAUACACUGGCACAAGAAUAUCGCCACGACAACACCUCAUUGCAUUGCGCGUGUUGCAUCCGUCGCCAGCAGCGUCUUCGCCCGACGUGGUUGAUAGCAACUCGGACAUAGCCAAGGAUACGGGAGGAGGCACGUGGCGCUUCACAGAGGAAGAAGUCGCGUUCUUGUGUGAAGCGCGCCAACUACCAAGUCGCCCGUUUCGCGCCAUCUACAGUCUUGGGCGUGAUCGGGGCCUCUUCCUCACCCGACCGCUCCGUUCAGUACAGGCCAAGUAUUCCCGCAUGAAAAAGGUUGCGACGGCCACCGUCUCGUCGACUUCAGUUGAUGCUACGCCAGGUAAUAAGAACAAAUAGCAUGUGCCCAUUUUGAAUCGAAUUGGCUUUGGC